AUGAAGCAUCAAAUUCUCUUGUUUUUCUUUGUUCUCAUUCUUUCUUCUUUCUUUGCUUCUGCUCGUUUUCUUGUACCACCAAAUGGUUCGAGACAUGGUGAAAAGGAAUUGAAGGUCAUUGGUAAAUCAUCCAUCGAAAUGAAAGAUGAUAUGGAACAUUUGAUGGGAUCAGAGGAGUGUUAUGAAAAGGAUGAAGAAUGCUUUAGCAGAAGGAUGAUUGCAGAGGCUCACUUGGAUUAUAUCUACACCCAACACAACAAGCCUUGA